GUUGUGAGGCAACAUGGCGAACGCCGGUGGAAUGACCGUGGAUGGAGACCUGAUGCGAUACACUGAGUACUCUCCAAAAACCAGUGUUAGAAGUGACGCGGAGAUAGACAGGCAGCUGGUAAAUAUCUGUUUUAAAUACUUAGGACUUUUGUCUAAUACUGUGGUGUCUCCUCAGACUUUUUCAUCAUACUACAAAGGAGGUUUUGAGCAGAAGAUGUCCAAACGAGAGGCCAGUCUCAUUCUGGGCAUCAGCCCAGCCAGCACUAAAGCCAAGGUACGAGAGGCCCAUCGGAGGAUUAUGGUCUUGAACCAUCCGGAUAAAGGUGGUUCCCCGUAUCUCGCUGCCAAGAUCAACGAAGCUAAAGACCUUUUGGACAAAGAGACUCGCCGAUGAUGCACACUGUCAAUGAGCACUAAAGACUUUCAUCCCCCCUCAGCUUCAAAGUACUGCUUGAAUGAGCAUGAAUACCGUGCAGGGGAAACCGCUAAAGUUCAAGAGGAUCGUUAAAAGGAUUCUUUGUUAAGCUGCCAGAGUAACUUGUGUUUAACUGAAUUUGUCACCCCUGUGAUUAUAAGUUUAAUACAUCCUUAAAACCACCUGCUGUUAUUUUACACAUAGAAGUAAUGUGUUGUAUUUAAAUGAAGGGGUUUGAAAGGAUAUAUACACCACCUAGUGGCAGCUGGCUGAAAAUGGAACAGUAAUUGUGCUGAGUUCAUUAUUGGCUGUGUAAAUAUAAUGAAUAAUGAUCUAUUUAAGCAGCAAGAGAACAAACUGUUUUCAUAUUUCAAUGUUUUAAUGUGGAAGUUAAAAAAUAAACUUAA